GAACUGCAAGUAUAACACAUACUGACAUAAAAAUUCAGAAAGAAACAGAAAGUCCAUGUGUAUAGUACUACUGAAUAUCAGCCAGGCAUGAUGAUUUUAACACUACAUGAGUUGUGUUUGUCUUUUCAUGGCUGACUUAGAAGGAUUUAAGAUAAUGGACUAUGGUUACUCUUAAGGGUCAGCCUGAAAAUGAUGGUUAGCUCGAAAGUUGGAAUCAAAAAUUACAGAGAAUGUGGGGGUUAGCUGUGUAACUAGCAAUGUUUGAACUUCCAAAGUCCACCCCACGAGACUCAGUUGGCUGCAGUUUAAAAUCACCUAAAACUACCAUCCAACUAAACUACUCUUCUUGCAUGGAAUUGACUUGUAGUUGGGAACUCCUUUUCUUCCUUGGAAGAAACACAACAGCUCAAUAAUAGGAGGGUAGACUUUGAAUCCUUAAUAUCCAUACGAUUAACAUAUGCAGAUUUACCAUGGAUGAUGAGCCUUUUCUUUCCAAGAUUGCAGCAGAGGUAGGUGGUGAAGAAGGGACUAGCAGAGCAACACCAAGAAGAUUAUCAAGAGACUUCCGCUCGAGUUUCCUUGAUCUCGACCCUUCGCGCCGUGUCUCAAGUACUCAGCUGAUCACAAGUGCUGGUGAUGUUAUUGUUCCCAUAACUCCCAGUUCUUCUUCAUAUGUAAAUCUCAUUGCCAAUUUGAACAAGAACAGGAAAAGAAGGCUCAAACGUCGAUCACACUCGGCACCCUCGGUGUUCACCGACUUCAAGGAGACGAUACAAGAUUCUCUGGAUCCCAGACCUGCCCCUAAAUCAACCCCCAACAUUGUUAGGCAAGCCUCCAUCGGUGUUGUAGUGUAUAUCAUAAUUGGCAUUGUGAUAUACUUGACCACCGGAGGUAUCUCAGGGGAGGAUGUCACAUACCGGCCAGUGGACGCCAUGUACUUCAUUGUUGUCACGCUCUGCACCAUUGGAUAUGGUGACAUUGUUCCAGACACAACAUUUACCAAACUCUUCACUUGUUUCUUCAUCUUGGUUGGUUUCGGUUUCAUUGAUAUUCUGCUACAUGGGUUGGUGACCUACAUCUGUGAUAGGCAAGAAUCCGUUUUGUUGAGCACGGUGGAUGAGAAUAAGUUCAACACAAUGGUUCAGGCGUAUUUCAUUGAUAAAGAGAAGGGAAGGAUGAGAAUACGGAUAAAGGUAUGUUUGGCCUUGACAGUAGUCUUUUGUUGUAUAACUAUAGGCACAAUAGUAGCUCAUUAUGUAGAGGGCUACAGCUGGGUUGAUAGUUUUUACCUAUCUGUUACAUCAGUGACAACAGUGGGUUAUGGGGAUUAUGCUUUCAAAACCGUAGGAGGAAGAUGUUUUGCAGUAGUCUGGUUAUUAGUAAGCACAUUCGCCGUUGCACGGGCGUUUUUGUACUUGACAGAGAUGAGAAUCGACAAGAGAAAUCGCAAAAUUGCGAAAUGGGUUCUUCAAAAGGAGGUCACCCUAAGGGAUUUACUGGCAGCAGACCUGGAUAAUGAUGGAUGCAUCAGCAAAUCAGAGUUCGUCUUGUACAAGCUCAAGGAGAUGGGCAUGGUAGCUAACAAGGACAUCCUUCUGAUAUGCAAACAAUUUGAUUCUUUGGGGCAUAGUAAUGAUGGCAAGAUUACUCUUGUUGACCUAAUGGAAGGUGACAAUGACUGAUCCCAUCAUGUUGUAUUCAAAUGGAAAUACCAAGGCACACAAUGAAGAUUUUUUCUUUCUUUCUUUCACUAUAUAUAGUUACAUACAACAUGAAUUUGAUGGUUACUCUCAGAGCAGAGUUCAAUUCUUUUGUUCAUACUAUUGCUCCUGAAUGAUAAAUGGCCACCUAAAGAUCUCAUCUCAUUGUGACUUGCUCAUUUUCUCUGAUCAUUCAAUCAUCCUUCAAAAUUAGCACCUAAAUAAAUAAAUCUAUAUGCUAAAGAGAUUACC